UUUCACAAAACAAACAGACAAGCGGUAGGAGGGUUUUAGAGAGCGCUGCAGAGCAGAAAAAGAAAUAAAAGAGAAAAAAAUGGUUGCUGACAAAGGUAAAAAGCAGAAAAUUGCUGAAAAAGGAGAUGAUGAAAACAACAACAACAACAACUCAGACCCCAUUGAUGGAGAGCUCGUUCUCUCCAUUGAAAAGUUGCAAGAGAUCCAGGAUGAACUCGAGAAGAUCAACGAGGAAGCAAGUGAUAAGGUCUUGGAGAUAGAACAGGAGUUCAAUGAAAAGCGAAAGCCCAUAUAUGAUAAGAGAACUGAAAUUGUCAAAUCUAUUCCGGACUUCUGGUUAACUGCUUUUAUGAGUCAUCCUGCUUUGGGUGAACUUUUAACUGAAGAAGACCAAAAGAUUUUCAAGCAUCUCAGUUCAAUUGAAGUUGAAGAUUCCAAAGAUGUGAAAUCGGGUUACUCUAUUACGUUUAACUUCAGUCCAAAUCCUUAUUUUGAAGAUAAAAAGCUUACAAAGACUUUUACCUUCCUCGAUGAAGGAACUACGAAAGUCACUGCAACUUCAAUUAAAUGGAAAGAGGGAAUGGGCCUUCCUAACGGAGUAGCUAAUGAGAAGAAAGGUAACAAGAGAGUGCAUGCUGACGAAAGCUUCUUUAGUUGGUUCAGUGGAAACGAGCAAAAAGAUGAUGAAUUGGAUGACAUUCAUGAUGAGAUUGCUGAGAUAAUUAAGGAUGACUUAUGGCCCAACCCCCUGACUUACUUUCACACUGAUGCUGAUGAAGAGGAUUUUGAUGAGGAAGAAGGUGAUGAUGAGGAUAAGGGUAGUGAUGACACUGAAGAUGAUGACGAUGAGCCAGAUGAUGAUGAAGAAGAUGAAAAUGGUGAUGAGGAUUAGGCCAAUCAGGUCACUCAAUAUGCAGAUGCAUGUCCCUAGGUUAUGAUACUUGUUUGCCAGUGGUGUCUGGUGGUGAUUUUACUUUUGCAAGGAACACAAGGUGCAGAGUGGUGAUUGCUGCCUUUAAUGGACUCUAGUUUUUACAACAAGAGGUUCUUUGACCUGUUCACCUUUAGUUUGAGUGGAUCUUUUUAGUUCACCGUCUUCUUUUCAUGUUCUAUAGAGUUAAAGUUAUGGCUUUGUCAUCCUGGACAUGCUAUAUGCUAGAUACUUUUGGCUUGGGAGGAUGUAAUAGAUUUUAGUUUGACUAACUUAUAUGACCUUGUUAAAUAUAGAUCAGCUUCAAAUCA